GGGAGGCCGGUGGUGGCCGCAGCCGCCGUUUUGCCCCCGUGCCCGGCGGAGGCGGCCACGGCGCCGACGGCCCAAGUAUAUAGAAGUUAAGCAUUCUCUCAGAAGUGUAUGGUAGAGCUAAAGAAGACAACCAACCAAGGGUCAUCUGAAAUUGUGAUUGGCUAAUAAUCCCAGGACAAAGUUAGAGAUCACUACUCAAGCAUAAGACCUCUACAAAGAUGUUUGAUAUAAAGGCUUGGGCUGAGUAUGUUGUGGAAUGGGCUGCAAAGGACCCAAAUGGCUUCCUUACAACAGUUAUUCUGGCCCUAACUCCAUUGUUUCUAGCAAGUGCUGUACUGUCUUGGAAAUUGGACAAGAUGAUUGAGGCCAGGGAAAAGGAGCAAAAGAAGAAACAAAAACGUCAAGAAAAUAUUGCAAAAGCUAAACGACUAAAAAAGGAUUGAAGGAAUGAACAGGCUCUG